AUGCUCACAUACGAGGAACAGCGCCGGCAGAACAUUGCGGACAACGAGGCGCUGCUCAAGUCACUUGGCCUCCACAUGCCCGUGGUUCCGAAGGCCACACCUAAGCCCAAGCUAAAGGCCAAGCCUAAGCGGCAAGUCGUCGAGGCGGCCGAGUUCGAGGACAAGGGUUCCAGUUCCGAGUCCGACGAGGAGUACACAUCCUCACGGCCGCGGCGGGGCGCACGCGAGCGGCGCACCACUCGUUCUAGUGUAACUUCCACUACUACCGUACAGAAGCCCUUUGGCCGAGUACAGAACGGACCACGCCGCCGCGCCGCGAGCCCAGAGAGCGACGACGGCCAGCCUCUCCGUAAAGCUCAACGCUUGGGUGUGCGCACACAGGAGCCGAAACAGUUUGGGAAUAUCCCCGGCAUCGAGGUGGGGAUGUGGUGGGCCUCGCGGAUGGACUGCAGCACCGAUGCAGUCCACGCACCGACCGUUGCGGGUAUCUCUGGUAACGCAGAGCUGGGCGCAUGGAGCGUUGCUUUGAGCGGAGGAUACCCUGACGACGUUGAUCUCGGCGACGCGUUCACGUACACUGGCUCUGGGGGUCGCGAUCUAAAGGGUACGCGGGACAAGCCCAAGAAUCUGCGUACUGCGCCUCAGACAUUCGACCAGAGCUUUGAGAACAGCUACAAUGCUGCGCUCAAGACGAGCGCCGAGACCAAGAACCCCGUACGUGUUAUCCGGGGGUUCAAGCUCAACUCGCCUUACGCCCCGGCAGAGGGGUAUCGGUACGACGGGCUAUACGUUGUCGAGCGGGCUUGGAUGGCGCCCGGUCUCACAAAGAAGCUCAAGGUGUGCAAGUACGCGUUCAAGCGACUGCCGGGGCAGCGGCCACUCCCACGCAACGACGAGGAGACGGAAAGUGAUGUGGGAGAAUCAGAGGAGAAUGGACUUGACGAGGAGGCUGCCGACGACGUGGCUGGAGAUCAUGAGGCCGCCCAGGAAGGACGGAAUGAGGCUGAGGUCGUGACCCUGGCCUCCAAGUCCGUCUCCAACGAGACAACCGUACCAGCUCCCGAAUCGUCCAGCGAGUUCAACGAAACCCCGCAUACCCGCCGCUCUGCCCGUGCUUCGGCUGCGUCUGAAGCCCCGGUGGCUAUUAAUGGCACCACGAACGGCACGCGCCGUUCAGGCCGUGUCUCGGCCGCCUCGACAUCCGAAGCAGAAGGUACCUCGCGCCGUUCCAGUUGCGUGUCAAGCAGCAUCACGCAGGCCAAGUCCUCGGCCGCGAACGGAAAGCGUUCCGGUUGCUAUGUUGCAGCAGAGCCUAGGAAGCGCACCAACACCCGCUCUUCACUCCCUGCGGACACAACGCUACGAAGGAGUCGGCGCAGCCUGGCCUAG